AUGGGUGAAAGUGUCAUGAAUAUGAAUGUUGACAUUCAGAAAAACGAGGCCCAACGGAAGGCCGUGAGCAAGAAAGAGUUGUGCUGGAGGUCCGUAAACCAAGGAGACAGGAUAAAGAGCAGAGAAGAGAAACCGUUAAGAGCUCGCGCGCCAGUCCUGCCGCCUCCGAACCCCGCCGUGUCCUUCCCGGCGCCCCGGGUCACACUGCCUGUCGGCCCCGACAUCCUGCGAACCUACUCUGGCGCCUUCGUCUGCCUGGAGAUCCUGUUCGGGGGCCUCGUCUGGAUUUUGGUUGCGUCCUCCAACGUUCCUCUACCUCUGCUCCAAGGAUGGGUCAUGUUCGUGUCCGUGACGGCGUUCGUCUUCUCCCUCCUCUUCCUGGGCGUGUUCCUCUCUGGCAUGGUGACCCAGAUCAAUGCCAACUGGAACUUCCUGGAUUUUGCUUACCAUUUUACAGUGUUCGUCUUCUACUUUGGAGCUUUUCUCUUGGAAGCAGCAGCCACAUCCCUGCACGAUCUUCACUGCAAUGCAACCGUGGCCAUGCAGCCGCUCUUGAAUGAUGACCAGUAUAACAUAAACGUAGCAGCUACGAUUUUUGCCUUUGUGACGACGGCUUGUUAUGGUUGCAGUUUGGGUCUGGCUUUACGAAGAUGGCGACCGUAACACUCCUAUUUUGUCUGCUUUAUAUGUCUGAUCAAUUUGGAUACCAUUUUGUCCAGAUAUAACAACAUUCCCAAAGUAAUUGGUUUAGUAUGUAGAGAGAAUCUAAGUACGAGUUUGGUUUAUUUCAUGGAUAGAAUUUUAAUUUUAUUAUGAUGUUAAACAGAGAAAUCGCCUUUACAUUUAUUUCUCUUUCUUUUUUUAAAGAAAAUUUCCUUUUAUAUCCAUAAAACAUACAGAUGUGGUUUAUAAAAAAGGGAUAUCUCUUUUGUUUAGUUGCUAAUUCACAUGAACCUGCAUUUUACUAGGUAACUAAAACUCCCUAAAAAAGCACAUUUCAAAUGGUCUUCCUACUGAACUCUUAUCUUUUAGUGUAAAACAGAGAUUAGCACUCUUUUCUCUAUAAAGGCCCACAUGGUAAAUGUUUUGGGCUCUGUGGGUCAUGCAAUCUCUGUCAGUUACUCAUUUUUGCUAUUACCAUAUGAAAGCAGCCCUAGACAAUAUGUAAAUGAAUGAGUCUGGGUAUGUCCCAAUAAAACUUUAUUUACAAAAACACACAGCAGGCUAUAGUUUGCUGACCUCUGGUAUAAAAGCUUAUGUGUUCUGUGUUUUACUGAACUGAUCCUGAAAGAUAAAAAACUAAUUAGACAAGCCACAUAACAGUCUCUUUAUGCAAUAAUCACAUUGCUUUUAUGUUAAUGGUCAAAUACUAACCCUUGAAGGGCCUAAUAGUUUCUCAAGCUAACUCAAGCAGAAUCUCUAGUGUAAGAAAAAGUAAUUUAUGAAGUGAACCGUAAUUGCUUAAUCAAUCUUAGGCUCCCCAAACUCUCAUCUGGCAUCCUUAUAAUGAGAUCUUCAGAGGUCAUUAACCAUUACUGAAAUUGGUAUCUAGCUACUUAUGUCUUUCUUUGGAUUUAUUUAUGCUUCAGAAUACAGCUGUUUGCCCUGUGCAUGAAUAUACAAAUAUGUGUGUAUGGAUAUGUGAGGCUUUACCAAAUAGAGCUCUCUGAAGAGUUAACUUUUUACUUCUAAUUAUUUUACAUAAUUUGACUAGAGUGUUAACUAUAACUUAAAGUUGUCAAUUCUUACACGUUUCAAUAAUAGCCCUGAGAUUUAUGUUGUUUCUGCAUCGGUGACAGAUACACAAAAUCAGUUAUAAACAGCAGCCGUCGUAAAAACUGUCUCUGACUGAAUAGCAUUUUAACACAAAGUAUUUUAACACACCUGUAAAGACUCUGGUUGUGGAAAGGUGCCAAAAUAGUUUCAGUGGGAGAAUAAGUUAAAGUUCAGCCCCAGCUUCCACCACACUCUCCAAGCAAGAUACUUCUCUCUUGUCCCAAGAGGGCUACCUCUGGAAAAAGAGGGCUUUUGAUUGUCCUAUAUUUCAGCCCUUUGCUUUUGCGGCUGAAUCAUCUCCUAAGAGUGCCAUGUGUAGGUUGGGCUAUUAGAUUUUAUGGAACAUAGAAUAGUGCUGAAUGAGUAGCAUGAUCAAUGCUCAAUGAUCAAAUGCUAUUUAUCUAAUAAUCCCCUAGAAAGAAGAAUCUUACAAGAGUCUGUCUUGUGAUGUAAUUACAAAGAUAAAAGACAUGUUUCAGUAUGUGGCAAGAGGAAAUCAGUCUUAUGACUUUAUACUCAUGUUGUAUCUUUUCUAUAAUAUUCGACUUCCUUGUUGUUUUUGUUUUUUGAUUUUAGCUCCAUACUACACACUUUAACCUGUAUUAUGAAUUGUAUAUUACUGAGUCAUAAAUGUGCCAUAAGGAUAUAUAGUCCAUUCUGGUUGGAAUCAUUUAGUUAGUCUGUUAGAUUUAGUUGUGAGAUUUUAUUUUCAUUCCCAAGGUAUAACAGGUUCAUGCUUGGUGGCAUUAAAUUAAAUGAUGUCAUGAAACUGCUUUGGUGGCACUUUUGUAAAUGGAUUGCUUCUAGAUCAUUAAGAACCAAGCCUAAAACUCAUCUAACUGUGAAGACUUAGAUUUGUAGAUUAAUCGUGUUCUAGAUUUGUGAGUUGAGUGACAAAGCACUUGAACAAAAAUUAUGGCAUUUAAGAUUUUGUUAUAUACCUUAGCUGUAAAAAUGAGAAAGUGUUGGUUGGUUUUAAAAUCUGGUAACUCCAUGAUGAAAAGAAAUUUAUUUUAUAAGUGUUAUAUGACUCUAAUAAAGUAUUCAUUUGAUAA